AUGCCCAGAAAGCAAGCCGUAGCUCCAAAGUAUAACCUUCCUCCCACGCUGAAAACACCAUGUGUUCUUCAGAUCAAUGGCGAACCUUUCGGCGGCAAGGAACUCGGCAUCGCCACCAGUAUUUCCACCUAUCUGCGCGCUGUGAGAACCCCAGAUAAGGAUUCAUACCUUAGCUUCGUGAUCGAGUUUCCGUUGCCGGACGAGGUUGAGGCCAUAGGUUUUGGAAAAUGUCAUGACGUCGACGAUUCAAGCCGCAAGGUCAAUCCCAGCAACUCACGAAAACUCACGGUCAAAUUUCCCCGCGAUGACAUUAAGAUCACGUACCGGGCAGCGGAUGUAGAGGAAAUUGCGAGAUACCCUAAAGCCAAGAAGCAUAUGAGUUGGGUUGAGGUCUUCCUUGGCGAGAACACAGCAGUCUCCGUCAAUAGAUUUGGAAUUCCAUAUUCAAACCCAGGUCAUCCGGCUGAAGAUUGGCUGCGAUCUCCUGAUACGGCACCCGUCCUGCACGGGCUUAGCCUCCUGGAUAUCUUCCAACAGCGGCACUUUUGCUUCCUUGCUGCUAAGAUAGACACUGCCAUGAUGUCAAAUUGGAGUGUGGCCAGCUUAGCACCCAGCUUCGACUACGGCUAUGGUUCGGACCAAUCAUGGGACUUGGAAAGGUAUAUGAAGCAGCUCCAUGAGAUCAAAGGCCACCGCUUCCAGACUGCCUGGAGCUUUGAAACCGACGCCUCUCAUGUGACUGCUCUCACACAGAGCAUAGUCCAGGACUUUAUGUGGAUUCAGAAAUGGUGUCUCGACAUGACUACCAAAACGGGCUCCGCGUACUUCGUUAAGCAUCCCGCAAGCCGGCAGUCAAAAAGAUGGUUAGCCAUCGUGAAGAUGGAACCGGGGCUUUGGAAGCAACCAGCAUGGUCUCAAGCCUGUAUCAACGGCACGAUGAAGCUGGUAGUUCACCCCGGGCCCGAUGAAAUCCCCGAGUCAUGGACGGAAGAUCUUUCCGAACGCUGGUCAGCCCGCAUCUGUCACGAUCCUGAUGAAGUCAGAUUGCUCAAACGGCAUCCUCUCACUGAGAAGGAUUUCGUUAUCAAGGUAAUCGAGCCGGUUCAGCCCCAACUGGGCCUCAAGGAGUUUGACAGCCGCGAGGAAGCCGACGCUGCCUAUGAAACCGACCAAUCGCAUUAUAACCGCGUUUCGUUUGAAUGGGACCUUCAGCUUCAUGAUGCCAAGCGCCAAGUCGACGCUAUUUGUGACCUGUUACCAUCCGCCACCCCAAAUCACCUCUUCUGUGAUCAAGGCCGCGAAGCCCCAGAGCUUAGCACCGGCAAUAAGGCAUUGAUGAUGAGUCUUCACAGAGAUCUCCUCCGAGGCGAUGGUUUCUGGAAGACGAUGGUGGCCGCAGACCCGGCCGUGAAGGAAAUGUCAGGCCACAUGGGAGAUGUGAAUAUUGGUGGCCAGCGCGAACGAUUAGCUUUACCUAUGCUACCGUUUGUCAACUUUCUCAAAGAGAAUGGUAGAAGCGGCUGGUCUGAUGCUCUACUGUCCGAGGUUUCUGGGGCUGACCAGUGUCCGCUUCGUUACUACCUCAGCAACCGUCCUUUAGGGUUUGGUAUUAUCAAAACUGUAACCAAUAUCAACGAUACCGCCGUUCUCCCCGUGGCGGUUCUUGCGAUGCAUGCCACCGUGCGAACCGUCAUGGCAAGUGGUCCGACUCCUGACGCCGUCAGCGAGUUCGCUUCUGACCUCUAUGUUGUCUCUCGCAGCGUCGCAAGCAAGUACAACAUCGGAAGGGGCCAGGAAGCUAGUAGCCGAGCUCCUCUGAUCAUCCGUGGCUUUCAACUUCAGGUUGAAUGCGAAGCCUUCAAGCGUUUACUUCAAUACCCUCACCUCGGUGAUGAAGCGGUCGGCUGUGAUGAAUGGGGCGUUAAGUUGGACUGGAAGCUCCAUCUCUCGGCCACAUUUUGGCUUCGUGUCUGCCUUGGCUCCGACUCUCUCCCACUGCUGCACAAGGACGAUAGGAAAAUCCUACACGAAUUCCAGGUGUUAGUUGCAAGAAUAGAUAUGCUUGCCCCUCUCCUCGAACGGGUAUCUGGCAAGAUUUCGUGGGAAGAGUACGUGGCUGGCAAAACCGUUGGAGACGCUGAAAUCAUGGCACUGAUGAAGAUGCUCAUCGAUAACGCCGACAUUGUCUGUACGACCCCAUCUUUAGCCCACACCGAGGAUCAUCUCAAGAAAUGGAAGGUAGAGCGGGCUCGGGGCAUCGCCGUUGACGAAGCUGGCCACAUGAGCCGUGGCGAUCUGUACUCUGUCUGGGGUAAUACACUCUUGCCCUGCCUUCUUGCCGGCGAUGAAGAAUUUGUUCCGCUAGAGGUGAAGAGCUACCAUGACAUGGAUAACUACCGAAACUUUCGGAACAGGUUCGGGGAUGAUGCUCGGAAGUCGGCGCUUGAGUUUCUCACUGCCACUGGCUGGCCUGUCUAUCGUGUUCGUGGUUGA